UGAAGAUGGGAGCAGUUGGGUAUUAGACAAUUUCCCUACUACCCUCCAGCAAGCACUAUUGUUGGCUAAAGGACUGACUGGUCAAGGCUUGAUGAGUCUAAAGGAGCAGUCGAGUACAGCAGAACUGAGGACACACCAGUUCAUAUUAAUACCUGAGAGAGAAGUGGAGGAGGAGGAGUUGUUUAAUCUACAUGCUGUGUGUGGUCUUGAUAUUGUAGUGCACUUCAAUGCAUCGUCUGAUAAUAUAUUUAAGAGAUCCGUCAAACCUAGUUCAGAUAAUGUUGCAAGAGCUGAUAUUCAACAGUGUUUGCUCUCCUUUGAUUCAAACUGGCCUCAGAUAAAGAAAUGGUAUAAUCGCUUUAGGACUAUUCAUAACAUUGACUCCAAUAAGAGCUUCA